GCUGAGUAGGACACAUCUCCAGAGAGUCCUGAACUACAAGAAUGCCGCUCAAGAAGCACGCCCUUCCGUACUUACAUCUGAAGGGUGGAGCCAAAAAGUCCAAGCUUUGCUGGGGCAAAUUUCACUGGCGUGGCGUGGAUUCACACGAGAAAAGUUGCGAGCGUAUUAG